AAUAUCACUUCUGGUAAUCUACAAAAAAAAGAAAUGUCGAUUCGUUUCAAUAUCGGAUAUUUUAAUCUGUAGAAUCAAGUUCUGUCGGAAAACCCCAAUGAAUUUAAUCAUUUUCUAAUUAAUAUUAUGACACGACAAAUAAAAUCGUGUUGACAUUUGCAAUGUGGUCAUUGUAAACAAGAAGAAAUGAAUGAAACACCAAUAAGGAUUAAUUUAUAAAACAUGUAAAAUUAACAAAUUACAGUUAUUUUCCUAUACCAAGAUAUAUUAGUUUAAACACUUUUAAAUUAUUUUAAUUUCCAAUUAACAAUGAAUGUGACUGAACGGAAAAAAGGUAGAAAUAAAAAUAGCGUUUCUUCUCAGAUGGAAAAUAGGGAAUUGCCCUUCAUUUCAUCGAAAACUAACAUUAGAGGAGAUGAAAAGAAUAUAUUAUUACUGUUUUUCUUAUAUACCCUUCAGGGAAUUCCAAUAGGAUUAUCGGCUGCAAUUCCCAUGAUAUUGCAGAAUAGAGGAGUUAGUUAUAAACAGCAGGCUGAAUUCAGUUUUGUGACAUGGCCUUUUAGUUUGAAACUAUUAUGGGCACCUAUAGUGGACAGUAUUUUUUCAACACGGAUAGGACGUAGAAAAACCUGGCUUGUCCCCAGUCAAUAUUUAAUAGGUGGAUUUAUGUUGCUACUCUCCAGUCACGUUAACCAAUGGCUAGGAGAAGAUGGCACUUCUCCAAAUAUAGAAGUUUUGACAUUGUUGUUUUUUUCCUUAAACUUUUUAGCUGCUACCCAAGAUAUAGCUGUCGAUGGAUGGGCACUGACCAUGCUCAAAAAACAAAACGUUGGGCAUGCCUCAACUUGUAACAGUGUCGGUCAAACAACAGGGUUUUUUUUAAGUUAUGUAUUAUUUAUGGCACUAGAAUCUUCCACAUUUUGUAAUCAGUAUUUGAGGACAAUACCCCAAAAAGAAGGGAUAGUUACGUUAUCUGGUUUUUUAUAUUUCUGGGGUAUAGUAUUUCUAGUCACCACUACACUUGUAUCCUUACUCAAAAACGAAAUAGAUGUUCCAAACGCUGAUGGUACAUCUCAUGAAAGAGAUAUAAAAUCAGCAUAUUUAUCUCUAAAAAAUAUACUAAAAUUGAAAUCAGUUCAAACUUUAGUCGUGGUGCUUUUAACGUGUAAGAUUGGGUUUUCUUCAACUGACAGUAUGAUGGCGUUGAAGUUAGUAGAAGCUGGCGUACCGAAAGAGCGCUUAGGACUUAUGGCAAUACCGUUAAUUCCGGUUCAAUUGGCUAUGCCUUUAGUCAUCGCCAAAUAUACUACAGGACCUAAACCUCUCAACAUUUUUCUCAAAGCUAUUCCUUACCGAUUAGCCUUCGGUAUUGUAGCUGCUUUUUUGGUAUACGUAACACCGAUUUUAGUACCAGAUGCUUCGAACGGCUUACCUUUCAUGUACGUCGUUUUUUUAAUAAGCUGUUAUGCACUUCACCAGGUAUGUGUAUACUGUAUGUUUGUGGCAUUAAUGGCUUUUUUCGCUAAAGUUAGUGACUCGUCAGUAGGUGGGACUUACAUGACUUUAUUGAAUACUGUGACGAACCUAGGUGGUAAUUGGCCGACUAUUCUAGCUCUUUAUUUCGUCGAUCCUUUAACUUGGAAACAAUGUCAAGGAGGAACUGAAAGUAUAGAUAAUUCUUGUCGAACCAGCAUUGAAAAGGAUCUUUGCACAAGUAAAGGUGGCAAAUGUAUAACUAUUGUAGAUGGUUUUUACAUCGAAACUGUGAUUUGUAUUGCAAUCGGUUGUUUAUGGUACUGGCAAGGCGCAAAGAAAGUUGAACAGAUUCAACAGUUGGAUGAAAGUGCUUGGAAAAUCAGAAAUAAAAAAACUUUAAUGCGAUAGUUACUUUCAACAAAUUGCUAGGAAAAUUGUAAUAUAUUAUUUUAAUUUAUUAAUUUUUACAGGCCAUGAAUCAAGAUAUUGAAAAAAUAUAUUUAAUUAUUAAUUUUCAGCAUUCCUUCUAUCUGAUGCUUGGUCUGUAAGUGGUUUUGGUGACUAUUUUGGAAAUAGUUGGGUUAUAUGUAACAGAAUUAAAUUACAAAUUAAUUAUUGACCACUCAGUAUAUUUAUAUACAAAAUUUUUGCUAAUACAAAUUAUAAACUAAAGUCUUCGAUAAAAUAAUGAAGAAUCAAAUGAACUACCACUAUAUAUUCUUCAAUAUCAUCAUUUUCAUUAUCAAUAUAUUUGAUCAGCGGUUAAGUAUGAUUCUAUUUUAGUUUAUAUAUGAAUUCAUCACAGUUUAAUUUUAUUUUUUGAGUAAUUAUAUUUUAAUCUAAAUUAUAAUAUUUGAAAUUAUUUAAAAAUUAAUUUUGUUUCUAUAUAAUAAGUUGAUGAAAUUUUAAUAUAAAUACCUAAAAACUGGUAAAAUAUAUUAGUGGUAUCAGAAAGUUCAUUUUGUAACGCUUUAAAAGGUGAUAUAAAUUUAUUAAAAUUUCAGUUUGUUAUUGAUAAAUGUGAUUAUCAAAAAUUUUAAUUCAAUGUUUGUGUGAAUUAUUUUGUUAAUAUAUUUUUUUUAAAAUCAAGUUGUACA